GACAACUCAGUUAUUCAGCCAUGAAUUGGUUAACUAGUCUUGCUCUUGCAGUUCUACUGCUCUCAGUUCAGUACGAUGCGGCGCAAAGCGUUUCAUCUGCUACGUCGAGAAGCCCUUGGGCCGAUCCAGCCAAAGCAGGAUCAAUCAUGAACUGUCUAACCAACAAAAUCGCCAGCUCAAAUGUCUUGCCUCAACAAGAAAAAGAAGACUUGGAAUCCAUUAUGGACACACUGAUGUCUGCAAUAAAAGGGGCGAGUGCCAAAGGUAAAAGCUCUGCAGCGCAGUUGAAGGCGAUUAAUAUGGCAGUUGCUUCUUCCCUAGCAGAAAUAGUCGUUGCCGAAGACGUAGGCAACCAGGCCAGCAUCGCAGUAAAGACGCAGGCCCUAACAGGUGCACUGGGACAAUGUUUCCAAGCAGUCAUGGGCACGGUGGAUAGGAAAUUCAUCAACGAAAUAAAUGACUUAAUAAGAAUGUUUGCAAGUAAAUCAAACAGCGAUACCAACGAAAUACCAGAUCAAGGUGCUUCAUAUGGAGCCGGUUCAUCAGCAUCCUCAACGUUUCAAAAAACAGACCAGAACUACCAAGCCUCAACUAGAAAUUCGGGAUCUCAAUUUUCACAAGCUGCGAGAUCUCAAUACAGCAGGGGAGGUGAGUCUUCCUACAACAGGGAAAAGCAGUUUGCUUCAAAUACAGGACAAACCACUUUCGGACAAACUUCUACAGGAGGACAAAUUUCUUCCAGUCAAGCAGGUGGUUCGUCCAACACUUACUCUCAGAGAGCAAGUUCAGCUACCAGCGGUGCUGAUACUAGCUACACAGGAUCAAGAGGUUACACAGGAGCACAGUCCGGAUCCGUUUCAAGGCAAUCCUCUUUCGGUCAAACGGAAUCUUCAGGCUCCAGUGGAUCUACAGGCUACACAGGAGCACAGUCAGGAUCCGUUUCAAGGCAAUCCUCUUUCGGUCAAGCGUCAGGCUUUAGCGGAUCAGCUGGCGAACAAGGCGGUUUCAGUCGAACAGCGGGAGCGUCAUCCGGCCUUGUCAACAGAGUAGCCAACGCACUUGCCAAUUCGUCAACAAUGAGAGCUGUUCUCAGAAGAGGUGUAUCCCAACAGAUUGCCUCCAACGUGGCACAGAGAGCCGCUGAAUCGUUGGCCCGCACUAUCGGCGUCGACGGAAAUAACCUCUCCAGAUUAGCGUCACAAGCCAUCUAUCAAGUGCCCGCGGGUUCUGACACUUCUGCUUACGCUCGAGCAUUCUCUAGUGCGUUGUUCAAUGCUGGAGUCCUCAAUGAAAGCAACUUUGACACUUUGGGAUCCCGAGUCCUGUCAGCAGUUUUGCAAGGAGUAUCACGUGCGGGAGAAGGCCUUGGCAUCAAUGUAGACACCAGCAGUGUAGAAAAUGACAUUAGUUCCAGCACUCGCUUCCUCUCUUCCAGCUCUUCGUCCAACAGUUACUCUCAGAGAGCAGCUUCUACUACCAGCGGUGCUGAAACCAGCUACACAGGAGCACAGUCCGGAUCCGUUUCAAGGCAAUCCUCUUUCGGUCAAACGGAAUCUUCAGGCUCCAGUGGAUCUACAGGCUACACAGGAGCACAGUCAGGAUCCGUUUCAAGGCAAUCCUCUUUCGGUCAAGCGUCAGGCUUUAGCGGAUCAGCUGGCGAACAAGGCGGUUUCAGUCGAACAGCGGGAGCGUCAUCCGGCCUUGUCAACAGAGUAGCCAACGCACUUGCCAAUUCGUCAACAAUGAGAGCUGUUCUCAGAAGAGGUGUAUCCCAACAGAUUGCCUCCAACGUGGCACAGAGAGCCGCUGAAUCGUUGACCCGCACUAUCGGCGUCGACGGAAAUAACCUCUCCAGAUUAGCGUCACAAGCCAUCUAUCAAGUGCCCGCGGGUUCUGACACUUCUGCUUACGCUCGAGCAUUCUCUAGUGCGUUGUUCAAUGCUGGAGUCCUCAAUGAAAGCAACUUUGACACUUUGGGAUCACGAGUCCUGUCAGCAGUUUUGCAAGGAGUAUCACGUGCGGGAGAAGGCCUUGGCAUCAAUGUAGACACCAGCAGUGUAGAAAAUGACAUUAGUUCCAGCACUCGCUUCCUCUCUUCCAGCUCUUCGUCCAACAGUUACUCUCAGAGAGCAGCUUCUACUACCAGCGGUGCUGAAACCAGCUACACAGGAGCACAGUCCGGAUCCGUUUCAAGGCAAUCCUCUUUCGGUCAAACGGAAUCUUCAGGCUCCAGUGGAUCUACAGGCUACACAGGAGCACAGUCAGGAUCCGUUUCAAGGCAAUCCUCUUUCGGUCAAGCGUCAGGCUUUAGCGGAUCAGCUGGCGAACAAGGCGGUUUCAGUCGAACAGCGGGAGCGUCAUCCGGCCUUGUCAACAGAGUAGCCAACGCACUUGCCAAUUCGUCAACAAUGAGAGCUGUUCUCAGAAGAGGUGUAUCCCAACAGAUUGCCUCCAACGUGGCACAGAGAGCCGCUGAAUCGUUGACCCGCACUAUCGGCGUCGACGGAAAUAACCUCUCCAGAUUAGCGUCACAAGCCAUCUAUCAAGUGCCCGCGGGUUCUGACACUUCUGCUUACGCUCGAGCAUUCUCUAGUGCGUUGUUCAAUGCUGGAGUCCUCAAUGAAAGCAACUUUGACACUUUGGGAUCACGAGUCCUGUCAGCAGUUUUGCAAGGAGUAUCACGUGCGGGAGAAGGCCUUGGCAUCAAUGUAGACACCAGCAGUGUAGAAAAUGACAUUAGUUCCAGCACUCGCUUCCUCUCUUCCAGCUCUUCGUCCAACAGUUACUCUCAGAGAGCAGCUUCUACUACCAGCGGUGCUGAAACCAGCUACACAGGAGCACAGUCCGGAUCCGUUUCAAGGCAAUCCUCUUUCGGUCAAACGGAAUCUUCAGGCUCCAGUGGAUCUACAGGCUACACAGGAGCACAGUCAGGAUCCGUUUCAAGGCAAUCCUCUUUCGGUCAAGCGUCAGGCUUUAGCGGAUCAGCUGGCGAACAAGGCGGUUUCAGUCGAACAGCGGGAGCGUCAUCCGGCCUUGUCAACAGAGUAGCCAACGCACUUGCCAAUUCGUCAACAAUGAGAGCUGUUCUCAGAAGAGGUGUAUCCCAACAGAUUGCCUCCAACGUGGCACAGAGAGCCGCUGAAUCGUUGACCCGCACUAUCGGCGUCGACGGAAAUAACCUCUCCAGAUUAGCGUCACAAGCCAUCUAUCAAGUGCCCGCGGGUUCUGACACUUCUGCUUACGCUCGAGCAUUCUCUAGUGCGUUGUUCAAUGCUGGAGUCCUCAAUGAAAGCAACUUUGACACUUUGGGAUCCCGAGUCCUGUCAGCAGUUUUGCAAGGAGUAUCACGUGCGGGAGAAGGCCUUGGCAUCAAUGUAGACACCAGCAGUGUAGAAAAUGACAUUAGUUCCAGCACUCGCUUCCUCUCUUCCAGCUCUUCGUCCAACAGUUACUCUCAGAGAGCAGCUUCUACUACCAGCGGUGCUGAAACCAGCUACACAGGAGCACAGUCCGGAUCAGUUUCAAGGCAAUCCUCUUUCGGUCAAACGGAAUCUUCAGGCUCCAGUGGAUCUACAGGCUACACAGGAGCACAGUCAGGAUCCGUUUCAAGGCAAUCCUCUUUCGGUCAAGCGUCAGGCUUUAGCGGAUCAGCUGGCGAACAAGGCGGUUUCAGUCGAACAGCGGGAGCGUCAUCCGGCCUUGUCAACAGAGUAGCCAACGCACUUGCCAAUUCGUCAACAAUGAGAGCUGUUCUCAGAAGAGGUGUAUCCCAACAGAUUGCCUCCAACGUGGCACAGAGAGCCGCUGAAUCGUUGGCCCGCACUAUCGGCGUCGACGGAAAUAACCUCUCCAGAUUAGCGUCACAAGCCAUCUAUCAAGUGCCCGCGGGUUCUGACACUUCUGCUUACGCUCGAGCAUUCUCUAGUGCGUUGUUCAAUGCUGGAGUCCUCAAUGACAGCAACUUUGACACUUUGGGAUCCCGAGUCCUGUCAGCAGUUUUGCAAGGAGUAUCACGUGCGGGAGAAGGCCUUGGCAUCAAUGUAGACACCAGCAGUGUAGAAAAUGACAUUAGUUCCAGCACUCGCUUCCUCUCUUCCAGCUCUUCGUCCAACAGUUACUCUCAGAGAGCAGCUUCUACUACCAGCGGUGCUGAAACCAGCUACACAGGAGCACAGUCCGGAUCCGUUUCAAGGCAAUCCUCUUUCGGUCAAACGGAAUCUUCAGGCUCCAGUGGAUCUACACGCUACACAGGAGCACAGUCAGGAUCCGUUUCAAGGCAAUCCUCUUUCGGUCAAGCGUCAGGCUUUAGCGGAUCAGCUGGCGAACAAGGCGGUUUCAGUCGAACAGCGGGAGCGUCAUCCGGCCUUGUCAACAGAGUAGCCAACGCACUUGCCAAUUCGUCAACAAUGAGAGCUGUUCUCAGAAGAGGUGUAUCCCAACAGAUUGCCUCCAACGUGGCACAGAGAGCCGCUGAAUCGUUGACCCGCACUAUCGGCGUCGACGGAAAUAACCUCUCCAGAUUAGCGUCACAAGCCAUCUAUCAAGUGCCCGCGGGUUCUGACACUUCUGCUUACGCUCGAGCAUUCUCUAGUGCGUUGUUCAAUGCUGGAGUCCUCAAUGAAAGCAACUUUGACACUUUGGGAUCCCGAGUCCUGUCAGCAGUUUUGCAAGGAGUAUCACGUGCGGGAGAAGGCCUUGGCAUCAAUGUAGACACCAGCAGUGUAGAAAAUGACAUUAGUUCCAGCACUCGCUUCCUCUCUUCCAGCUCUUCGUCCAACAGUUACUCUCAGAGAGCAGCUUCUACUACCAGCGGUGCUGAAACCAGCUACACAGGAGCACAGUCCGGAUCAGUUUCAAGGCAAUCCUCUUUCGGUCAAACGGAAUCUUCAGGCUCCAGUGGAUCUACAGGCUACACAGGAGCACAGUCAGGAUCCGUUUUAAGGCAAUCCUCUUUCGGUCAAGCGUCAGGCUUUAGCGGAUCAGCUGGCGAACAAGGCGGUUUCAGUCGAACAGCGGGAGCGUCAUCCGGCCUUGUCAACAGAGUAGCCAACGCACUUGCCAAUUCGUCAACAAUGAGAGCUGUUCUCAGAAGAGGUGUAUCCCAACAGAUUGCCUCCAACGUGGCACAGAGAGCCGCUGAAUCGUUGGCCCGCACUAUCGGCGUCGACGGAAAUAACCUCUCCAGAUUAGCGUCACAAGCCAUCUAUCAAGUGCCCGCGGGUUCUGACACUUCUGCUUACGCUCGAGCAUUCUCUAGUGCGUUGUUCAAUGCUGGAGUCCUCAAUGACAGCAACUUUGACACUUUGGGAUCCCGAGUCCUGUCAGCAGUUUUGCAAGGAGUAUCACGUGCGGGAGAAGGCCUUGGCAUCAAUGUAGACACCAGCAGUGUAGAAAAUGACAUUAGUUCCAGCACUCGCUUCCUCUCUUCCAGCUCUUCGUCCAACAGUUACUCUCAGAGAGCAGCUUCUACUACCAGCGGUGCUGAAACCAGCUACACAGGAGCACAGUCCGGAUCCGUUUCAAGGCAAUCCUCUUUCGGUCAAACGGAAUCUUCAGGCUCCAGUGGAUCUACACGCUACACAGGAGCACAGUCAGGAUCCGUUUCAAGGCAAUCCUCUUUCGGUCAAGCGUCAGGCUUUAGCGGAUCAGCUGGCGAACAAGGCGGUUUCAGUCGAACAGCGGGAGCGUCAUCCGGCCUUGUAAACAGAGUAGCCAACGCACUUGCCAAUUCGUCAACAAUGAGAGCUGUUCUUAGAAGAGGUGUAUCCCAACAGAUUGCCUCCAACGUGGCACAGAGAGCCGCUGAAUCGUUGGCCCGCACUAUCGGCGUCGAAGGAAAUAACCUCUCCAGAUUAGCGUCACAAGCCAUCUAUCAAGUGCCCGCGGGUUCUGACACUUCUGCUUACGCUCGAGCAUUCUCUAGUGCGUUGUUCAAUGCUGGAGUCCUCAAUGACAGCAACUUUGACACUUUGGGAUCCCGAGUCCUGUCAGCAGUUUUGCAAGGAGUAUCACGUGCGGGAGAAGGCCUUGGCAUCAAUGUAGACACCAGCAGUGUAGAAAAUGACAUUAGUUCCAGCACUCGCUUCCUCUCUUCCAGCUCUUCGUCCAACAGUUACUCUCAGAGUGCAGCUUCUACUACCAGCGGUGCUGAAACCAGCUACACAGGAGCACAGUCCGGAUCCGUUUCAAGGCAAUCCUCUUUCGGUCAAACGGAAUCUUCAGGCUCCAGUGGAUCUACAGGCUACACAGGAGCACAGUCAGGAUCCGUUUCAAGGCAAUCUUUUUUCGGUCAAGCGUCAGGCUUUAGCGGAUCAGCUGGCGAACAAGGCGGUUUCAGUCGAACAGCGGGAGCGUCAUCCGGCCUUGUCAACAGAGUAGCCAACGCACUUUCCAAUUCGUCAACAAUGAGAGCUGUUCUCAGAAGAGGUGUAUCCCAGCAGAUUGCCUCCAACGUGGCACAGAGAGCCGCUGAAUCGUUGGCCCGCACUAUCGGCGUCGACGGAAAUAACCUCUCCAGAUUAGCGUCACAAGCCAUCUAUCAAGUGCCCGCGGGUUCUGACACUUCUGCUUACGCUCGAGCAUUCUCUAGUGCGUUGUUCAAUGCUGGAGUCCUCAAUGACAGCAACUUUGACACUUUGGGAUCCCGAGUCCUGUCAGCAGUUUUGCAAGGAGUAUCACGUGCGGGAGAAGGCCUUGGCAUCAAUGUAGACACCAGCAGUGUAGAAAAUGACAUUAGUUCCAGCACUCGCUUCCUCUCUUCCAGCUCUUCGUCCAACAGUUACUCUCAGAGAGCAGCUUCUACUACCAGCGGUGCUGAAACCAGCUACACAGGAGCAAAGUCCGGAUCCGUUUCAAGGCAAUCCUCUUUCGGUCAAACGGAAUCUUCAGGCUCCAGUGGAUCUACAGGCUACACAGGAGCACAGUCAGGAUCCGUUUCAAGGCAAUCCUCUUUCGGUCAAGCGUCAGGCUUUAGCGGAUCAGCUGGGGAACAAGGCGGUUUCAGUCGAACAGCGGGAGCGUCAUCCGGCCUUGUAAACAGAGUAGCCAACGCACUUGCCAAUUCGUCAACAAUGAGAGCUGUUCUAAGAAGAGGUGUAUCCCAGCAGAUUGCCUCCAACGUGGCACAGAGAGCCGCUGAAUCGUUGGCCCGCACUAUCGGCGUCGACGGAAAUAACCUCUCCAGAUUAGCGUCACAAGCCAUCUAUCAAGUGCCCGCGGGUUCUGACACUUCUGCUUACGCUCGAGCAUUCUCUAGUGCGUUGUUCAAUGCUGGAGUCCUCAAUGACAGCAACUUUGACACUUUGGGAUCCCGAGUCCUGUCAGCAGUUUUGCAAGGAGUAUCACGUGCGGGAGAAGGCCUUGGCAUCAAUGUAGACACCAGCAGUGUAGAAAAUGACAUUAGUUCCAGCACUCGCUUCCUCUCUUCCAGCUCUUCGUCCAACAGUUACUCUCAGAGAGCAGCUUCUACUACCAGCGGUGCUGAAACCAGCUACACAGGAGCACAGUCCGGAUCCGUUUCAAGGCAAUCCUCUUUCGGUCAAACGGAAUCUUCAGGCUCCAGUGGAUCUACAGGCUACACAGGAGCACAGUCAGGAUCCGUUUCAAGGCAAUCCUCUUUCGGUCAAGCGUCAGGCUUUAGCGGAUCAGCUGGCGAACAAGGCGGUUUCAGUCGAACAGCGGGAGCGUCAUCCGGCCUUGUCAACAGAGUAGCCAACGCACUUGCCAAUUCGUCAACAAUGAGAGCUGUUCUCAGAAGAGGUGUAUCCCAACAGAUUGCCUCCAACGUGGCACAGAGAGCCGCUGAAUCGUUGGCCCGCACUAUCGGCGUCGACGGAAAUAACCUCUCCAGAUUAGCGUCACAAGCCAUCUAUCAAGUGCCCGCGGGUUCUGACACUUCUGCUUACGCUCGAGCAUUCUCUAGUGCGUUGUUCAAUGCUGGAGUCCUCAAUGACAGCAACUUUGACACUUUGGGAUCCCGAGUCCUGUCAGCAGUUUUGCAAGGAGUAUCACGUGCGGGAGAAGGCCUUGGCAUCAAUGUAGACACCAGCAGUGUAGAAAAUGACAUUAGUUCCAGCACUCGCUUCCUCUCUUCCAUCUCUUCGUCCAACAGUUACUCUCAGAGUGCAGCUUCUACUACCAGCGGUGCUGAAACCAGCUACACAGGAGCACAGUCCGGAUCCGUUUCAAGGCAAUCCUCUUUCGGUCAAACGGAAUCUUCAGGCUCCAGUGGAUCUACAGGCUACACAGGAGCACAGUCAGGAUCCGUUUCAAGGCAAUCCUCUUUCGGUCAAGCGUCAGGCUUUAGCGGAUCAGCUGGCGAACAAGGCGGUUUCAGUCGAACAGCGGGAGCGUCAUCCGGCCUUGUCAACAGAGUAGCCAACGCACUUGCCAAUUCGUCAACAAUGAGAGCUGUUCUCAGAAGAGGUGUAUCCCAACAGAUUGCCUCCAACGUGGCACAGAGAGCCGCUGAAUCGUUGGCCCGCACUAUCGGCGUCGACGGAAAUAACCUCUCCAGAUUAGCGUCACAAGCCAUCUAUCAAGUGCCAGCGGGUUCUGACACUUCUGCUUACGCUCGAGCAUUCUCUAGUGCGUUGUUCAAUGCUGGAGUCCUCAAUGAAAGCAACUUUGACACUUUGGGAUCCCGAGUCCUGUCAGCAGUUUUGCAAGGAGUAUCACGUGCGGGAGAAGGCCUUGGCAUCAAUGUAGACACCAGCAGUGUAGAAAAUGACAUUAGUUCCAGCACUCGCUUCCUCUCUUCCAGCUCUUCGUCCAACAGUUACUCUCAGAGAGCAGCUUCUACUACCAGCGGUGCUGAAACCAGCUACACAGGAGCACAGUCCGGAUCCGUUUCAAGGCAAUCCUCUUUCGGUCAAUCGUCAGGCUUUAGAGGAUCAGCUCAAGAACAAGAUGGUUUUAGUCGAACAACUGCAGCGUCAUCCGGAUCCGUGUCAGGACAAAGAAGUGUCGGUCAAACGUCUGCGUUUUCCGCAUCUACUGAAAGCCAAGGUGUUUUUGGUCAAUCUAGUGGGUCGGCAUCUCGACUUGCUUUUGGAGCUGGACAAUCGGCUGGAGCAGCCCUCACAGGUGCUCUUAAUUCACCAAUUGGAUUAAGAUCUGGUUCUGCUGCUUCUAGAAUGAAUCAACUAACAUCAUCUCUAACGAAUUCAAUUGGCCCCAAUGGAGUUGAUGCCAAUGCUCUUGCCCGUAGUCUUCAAUCAAGUUUCUCAAAUCUUAGAAGCUCCGGCAUGUCUUCAAGUGAUGCUAAAAUUGAAGUUUUAUUAGAAAGCAUUGUUGGUCUGCUUCAACUUUUGAGCAACACGCAGAUUCGAGGAGUGAAUCCUGCAACGGCGUCUUCUGUAGCCAAUUCUGCUGCCAGGUCGUUUGAAUUAGUUUUAGCUUAACAUUUAUUGAUAUUGUACCUUGAGUAAAAUGUUAUAUUUUGGAAUUAAAGAUGUAAUUGAAUUUUCAUAUUAAAAUCAUUAAAAGCAUUUUGAAAAAGAAA